AUGGAAGACGGAGAACCUCAAAACAGUGGUGGAGGGGAAGAAGACUCAAUGGACUGGGGUGCAAGCUCACAUCAUGCCAGCAAACCUCCGACCGGCGAAGAGCUUCGAAUGAUCAAGGAUGCUGUCAACCUCUACCAGUCGAGUUCCUUUAAACUUCAGAUUGAUGCACUCCUUCCGAACGUCCGCCCGAGCACGAAGGAUUCGAGAAAAGCACCUCUGGAACGCUUCCUCCAUUCCCUCCGUUCGCAUCUGAUAUCUAUGCGUGCGUUUGAGCCUCAAAAUCCAGUGUCCGCCGCACGGGCGCUGGCCAAACAGGGGAUAGCUAUGCCAUUUGCGCUCCCGCAUCCCACAGAAGAAGUCAAGUGGAAAGUCGGGUUCGAACCUCCGAGUGAUAUCAAUGUCGUUGGAAGCUGGGCGAAUCAGAUCUGCGUGAAGCGGAAGGACGGGGUGCCAUUCACAGUCGACGUGACGAUUGAAAUGCCUGACUCUUUGUUUCAGGAGAAAGACUAUUUAGAUAGCAGGUAUUUCCACAAACGUGCCUUCUAUCUUGCUGUUGUUGCACAGAGUCUGUCAACUUCACUAGAGGUUGACACAUUCUACCAAUCUACGCUUGGAGAUCCACGUCUGACUGUACUGGUACUUUCACCGAGGAAAGGGAGCCAGAACGACUUUUCCAAGGCUCACGCCAAAAUUCACGUCAUCCCCGUCAUCUCUUCGUCCAACCCUAUGCCCCUAUCGCGACUGUCCCCGUCGCAUGCUAAUGUUCGUCUUCCUGGAAAAUCUUCAGCUGGUCCCCAGCCUACCCCUAUUUAUAAUACGAAUGUUCUCCUCGCCACCUACCCCAAACUCUCGCUACUCGCUACCAACGCCCUCAAACAUUUAUGCCCAGCCUUCUCGGACGCUUAUGCUCUACUGCGCGUAUGGGCGAAUCAGAGAGGAUAUGGAGAGGGACCGAUAUGCGUGAGAGGUUUUGAGGGGAAGGGAUGCUGGUGGAAUGAAGUUCUUGGUCUGGUGGUUUUCGGGGAAGAGUCCACUCGCGCGAACAAGGCAAAUGUGAGAAAGCCACUUGGAAAAGGAUUGAGUUCGUAUCAGCUAUUUCGCGCUGCACUUGACGUUUUGGCAAGGCAAGACUUCUCGCAGAAAGCUGUGCACGUCAAGUCGACCAAUGGGCACAAGUUCUCCCCAGACGAGUAUACUUCUCAUCAUUCUGCGGUCUUUGUGGACUCGACGUCUACCCUUAAUCUUCUCGCAGACGUUCCCUCUACCUCCCUUAGCAUGCUUAGAUAUGACGCUAACGAAACACUGGAGAAGCUAAACACCUCUUCAGAAAGCGACAACAUUUUCGCUCAGCUGUUCCUGAAUGACCAGACUCAAUUGUCCAAGAGAUGUGAUGCUGUCAUUAGGGUUGAUCUCGCUCGUGCGUCUAAGAAGCAAUCAGCUUACGAGUUCGGUGACCGUGUACAGGCGAUUGGAAUAUUCCACCCAUCAUCAAAAAUGCGCUCUAUCACCGACGCCUAUAAUCCGCUGCUUUCAACGAUCUAUAUUGGCUUAACUUAUAAUUCUGAGAAUGCCUUCCGGCUUGUCGACCACGGGCCUCCUGCCGAUGGACCAGACUCAGAAGCAGGUCGACUAUUUCGUCAGCUUUGGGGUGACAAGGCGGAAUUGCGUAGAUUUAAGGAUGGGCGCAUCGUUGAAAGUGUAGUCUGGGAAGUCAAGACCUCUGAUGAGCGCGCUCACAUACCAGUCGCUAUUGUUCGGCAUCUGUUGCGUUAUCACUUUGGGAUCCCGGAAAACGAUGUACGGAGCCCACAGAACUACCUCGAUGCAAAACUACGACUACCAGACGAGGUCUCAAGUAUCUUCCAGGCUUCAGGAUCUUCCAGUGGUUUCAAGUCUGCGCUUUCUGCCUUUGACGGUCUGAUCCCACUAGCAUUGUCAAGCGUCAGCCCUACUUCGGAAUAUCUUCGUUAUGCCAGUGCUCUAGGUCCUGUUCCCAUACCCCAAUCUGCUUACCUCGCGCUACCCGACUCGUACCGCUACCUCCCCACGAUCGAUGUCAAUCUCGAGUUUGAAAAGUCUACAAAAUGGCCCGACGAUAUCCGUGCUGUCCAAAAGGCCAAACUUGCGCUUUUAGAGGCGAUUGCAACAGCUUUAUUGAGUGCAAACAAAAUAACUCGUGCCAGCGUCUGUACUGCUGACUGUUCUGGAUCAACCAUCCAGCAGCAGGGACCCUCCUUGGAAAUCCACACUGCGGAGGGUUGGGCGUUCUCCGUGCGGAUAUGGUAUGACCGGGAAGCGACCCUACUGGAACGUCUCUCCAGUUCGGUUCGGACUCCUGCACGGCCACUCGCACCGUCCGAGGCUAAUCCCCGCGAACAACGUGAGGCACAGCAAGCGCUUGAAAUAUAUACUUGCCAAUUCAUCCACGCACCUCGUCAUCACCGAGCAGUUGCCAACCUUGCGCAUCGCUUUACUGCGUAUGUUGGGACUGUCCGGCUGGUGAAGCGUUGGCUUGCGGCUCACUGGCUGCUUACGACCCACGUCUCUGCAGAAGCAGUCGAAAUCAUUUCUGCACGGCCCUUCCUUGGUUCGGGUGCUGUCCUUCCGGAUGAUGCCUCAAGUAUCCCGAGGAGCAAGGAACGUGGUUUCGCGCAAGUGCUCGAAUUCCUCCGAGACUGGAAACCCGAGGAACCUAUUUUUGUUCCUAUAUAUGAAGAUAGUGCACCAAGUUCUGAGCCUACCGUUGUUGCGGUCAGCUCAAAGCAGGGUGUUUGGACGAUCUCUACCUCGGAAGAUAACAGUGGGCGAAUGUGGACAUCCAGUGGGCCAGACGCUAUUGCUGCUCGACGGCUCCGCGCAAUUGCGAGAGAGGCGUGUAAAAUACUACACGGUACAGAUAUUGAUUCCUUGGAUGUUGAGAGACUGUUCUCUCAUGCCACGGAAGACUAUGACGUCCUCAUCGAGCUUGACCCGAUGAUCUUGCCUCGAUAUCAUCAAUCCAUAAACGCCGAGUCGUCCGCCUUGUCGAAGGACCGCACGAUUCCUCAAGAGGAUGACGCAACCCCGAGACCAGGUUUCGAUCCUGCCUGGUUGUUGUUUCAGGACCUUCAGGUGACAUACUCUGAUACUCUGAAGUUUUUCUAUGAUGUUUAUGGCGGUCGUUACAUCGGUGCCAUUUGGCUGCCUAUCGUCUCGGGCAUUCGCCCAUUCAGAGUAAUGGGAGGGUUCUCCAGUACACCAGCUGAACAGAAACCGAAUGAGAAAAAUAAGGGGACUGUCGUGCUAAACAAGCAGGCUGUGUUGGACGAAAUCGAACGCCUCGGUGCAGGUUUCAUCAAAAAAGUCGAGGCUCGGGAGAGAUCAUAG